GCCUCUCCUCUUCCUAUAGAGAUCGCGCCCUCGUAUAUCGCGUUGAGAAGAGAAACCGUUCAGUAUGCCUUCCAAGCAAGUCUUUGCAAGCCAGGACAAUGCUGUCUACACCACCUCGACAGGCGCGCCCGUAGCGGAGCCGUACGCUGCCCAGCGCGUCGGUGUCCACGGUGGUCUCCUUAUCCAGGACUUCCACCACAUCGACCUGCUCGCCCACUUCGACCGCGAGCGUAUCCCUGAGCGUGUCGUGCACGCCAAGGGUGCCGGUGCGCACGGUUACUUCGAGGUCACGCACGACAUCACCGACCUCAGCUCCGCGUCUAUCUUCUCGAAGGUGGGCAACAAGGCGAGGGCGACCGCUCGGUUCUCAACCGUCGGCGGUGAGUCCGGCUCUCCGGACACUGCCCGUGAUCCCCGAGGCUUCGCAAUCAAGAUCAAGACGGACGAGGGCAACCUUGACUGGGUCUUCAACAACACCCCUGUCUUCUUCAUCAGGGACCCCGCCAAGUUCCCGCACUUCAUCCACACCCAGAAGCGUGACCCCCAGACUCACCUCAAGGAUGCGGACAUGUUCUGGGACUACCUGUCGCUCAACCCUGAGUCGAUCCACCAGGUCAUGACCCUCUUCUCUGACCGUGGGCACCCGGAUGGCUACCACAACAUGCACGGCUACUCUGGCCACACCUACAAGUUCGUCAACAAGGAGGGCAAGUUCCACUACGUCCAGAUUCACUUCAGGAAGGAUGGUGGUGCGAAGUCGCUGACGGAGCAGGAGGCUGGCCGCAUUGCCGGUGAGAACCCUGACUACGGUAUUCAGUCCCUGUUCGAGGCGAUCGAGGAGGGCAACUACCCGUCCUGGACCGUGCACGUGCAAACCAUGACCCCGGAGCAGGCUGAGAAGUUCCGCUACAACAUCCUGGACCUGACGAAGGUUUGGCCACACAAGGAGUUCCCGCUCCGGCCGUUCGGCAAGCUCGUUCUCAACGAGAACCCGCAAAACUACUUCGCCGAGAUUGAGCAGGCUGCGUUCUCGCCAUCGCAUACCGUGCCGGGAAUCGAGGCGUCGGCCGACCCUGUCCUGCAGUCUCGUCUCUUCUCUUACCCCGACACCCACAGACAUCGUCUCGGUGUGAACUACAACCAGCUGCCGGUUAACGCGCCCGUUGCUCCGGUCGCCAACUUCCAGCGCGCUGGUGCGAUGACCUUCAUCAGUCAGGGUGCUCGCCCGAACUACCAGAGCAGCCUUGUGCCGCUCAAGUACAAGCCCAAGUCAUACGAGAACGUGAAGCACGAGAUCUGGCUCGGCCACGCCAACACGGACCUAAGCUUCGUGACGGAGCUCGACUUCGAGCAACCUCGCGCCCUCUGGCUCAAGGUGUUCAACGACACUGACCGGGACCACCUGGUUCACAACAUCGUUGUGCACCUGAAGAACGCGAAGAGCAAGGAGGUCAAGACUCGUACACUCUCGUACUUCGCCACUGUCGACCAGACCCUGUCUGACCGCAUCGCGACCGGCAUCGGCUUGGCUCCGGGUGUCCCGCCGCUCAAGGUGGCGCCUGCAUCUGCGGCCAUCCGCUUUCAGGCAUUCGCCACUGCAUAGAUCGCGCUUCUGAGCUUCUGCGGUUGGUAGAGUCGGGCUACGUCAUGAGAUCCCCCUCGUUCAUUGUCGAGUGUACGAAAUAGCUGUAACGAAUAUCAAUGCCAUUGUAUCCUGCAUGUUCAUGAA